UCGAAUCUCAUUGUUUCAAGUUUUAGUUUGUAGCUCUGAUCCAAACCCUAUUUCGUCUCUGGAGACUCGAUUUUCGAUUGUUUUUUUCCUUCAUCUAUUUGAUUUGGUUGUGGGGAUUGUUGACAUAUGGCGACUCAGAGACCGCAGAGGACGCCGGAUGAUAUGGAGGAUAUUGUCAUCCGGAAAAUCCUCCUAGUGUCGUUGAUCGAUUCCAUGGAAAACGAUUCUAGGGUCGUUUAUUUGGAACAGACGGCGGCUGAGAUACUCAGCGAGGGGAGGGAUUUGAGGGUUUCUAGGGAUUUGAUGGAGAGAGUUCUGAUAGAUCGACUUUCUGGGAACUUUGUGGCUGCCGAGCCGCCAUUCCAGUACUUAGUUAAUUGCUAUCGUCGAGCCCAUGACGAAGGGAGGAAGAUGGCUAACAUGAAAGAUAAGAGCUUGAAAUCUCAGAUGGAGUUGGUGGUGGCACAAGCAAAGAAACUGGCAAUUUCCUACUGCAUAAUACAUUUAGGGAACCCUGACAUGUUUCCAAAUCCGGCAAAGGAUAAGUCCAAUGUUUCUCCUUUGUUGCCUUUGAUCUUUUCGGAAGUUUCUCUUCCAGUGGAUGGAUUUGGGAGCACUAGUACUGGUAGUGGAGUGACUUGUCCUCCUGGUUUUCUGGAUGAUUUCUUUAGAGAUGGGGAUUUUGAUAGUAUGGACCCAAUUUUGAAACAGUUGUAUGUUGAUUUGAGGGGAAGUGUGCUAAAAGUAUCAGCUUUGGGGGAUUUUCAGCAGCCACUCAGAGCUUUAUUGCUAUUGGUCAAGUAUCCACAGUGCUUCUCAGACGUGUCAACACGUCGUCCGGCUGAUCUAUUGUCUUCGUUCACAACUAUCAAAACUGUCAUGAACAACUUGUAUGAUGGCUUGACAGAAGUGCUCAAGUGUCUUCUUAAGAAUAUAAACACCCGUGAUAGUGCUCUUGAAUAUAUUGCACUGGUGAUCAACAAAAAUGCAUCGAGGGCUCAUAUUCAGGUUGAUCCAUUAUCCUGUGCUAGUUCAGGUAUGUUCGUGAAUCUGAGUGCAGUUAUGCUUCGGCUUUGCGAGCCAUUUUUAGAUCACAAUUUGUCAAAAAGGGACAAGAUUGAUCCUAGCUAUGUGUUUUACAGUGAACGCUUGAAUUUUAGGGAUCUAACUUCUUUACACGCAUCAUCUGAAGAAGUCUCUGAAUGGAUAAGUAGAAGUAGACCUGGAGAAACGGAUACCUCUAAAGAAAGUCAUGGUGGCGAGUUCAGGUUGUUAUUACCACAGGAAUCUACAAUCUCUGUGAAUAAUACAGUGGGAUCUUCUAUUCUGCAUGAUAACAAAACAAAACCCAAUUCCACCGAGAAAGAUAAAUAUUCAUUCAUUUGUGAAUGCUUCUUCAUGACAUCAAGGGUCCUUAAUCUAGGCCUGUUAAAAGCAUUUUCAGACAUCAAACAUCUCGUUCAGGACAUUUCAAAAUGCGAAGAUAGUUUAUCUACGUUAAAAGCGAUGGCCGAACAAUCACAAGUUUCCCAGUUUCAGAAUGACAUAGCACGCCUUGAGAAAGAACUUGAGCUGUAUAAUCAGGAGAAAUUAUGCUAUGAAGCUCAAAUACUCAGGGAUGGAGGGCUUAUUCAACGUGCAUUGUCAUUCUAUAGGUUAAUGGUCGUUUGGUUGGUCGACAUUGCUGGGGGAUUCCAUAUGCCUCUAGCAUCAACCUGUCCUAUGGAAUUUGCCUCAUUGCCUGAGCACUUUGUGGAAGAUGCCAUGGAGUUGCUUAUUUAUGCUUCUAGAGUACCUAGAGCUUUGGAUGGUAUAAUUCUGGAUGACUUCAUGAACUUCAUCAUCAUGUUCAUGGGAAAUCCUCAGUAUAUUAGGAACCCAUAUUUAAGAGCAAAGAUGGUUGAAGUCCUUAACUGUUGGAUGCCCCGUAGAAGUGGCUCAUCUGCAACAUCAACGUUGUUUGAAGGGCACCAACUUUCUCUGCAGUAUCUUGUCAAGAAUCUCUUGAAGCUUUAUGUUGAUAUUGAAUUCACAGGUUCCCACACUCAGUUCUAUGACAAGUUCAAUAUCCGUCACAACAUUGCAGAACUUCUUGAAUACUUAUGGCAGGUUCCAAGCCACCGUAAUGCAUGGAGACAGAUUGCUAAAGAUGAAGAGAAGGGUGUCUAUUUGAACUUCUUGAACUUCUUGAUCAAUGAUAGCAUUUAUCUUCUCGAUGAGAGUCUUAACAAAAUUCUUGAAAUCAAAGAAUUGGAAGCUGAGAUGUCUAAUAGAGUGGAGUGGGAGCAAAGGACACCUCAAGAGAGGCAGGAGAGGACUCGACUCUUCCACUCUCAGGAAAAUAUAAUUCGAAUUGAUAUGAAGCUGGCAAAUGAAGAUGUGAGCUUGCUGGCUUUUACUACAGAACAGAUUACAGCCCCAUUUCUACUUCCUGAGAUGGUGGAGAGAGUUGCCAGCAUGUUGAAUUAUUUUCUGUUACAACUAGUGGGUCCACAGAGAAAAUCUCUCAGCUUGAAAGACCCCGAAAAGUAUGAGUUUCGUCCAAAAGAGUUGUUAAAGCAGAUUGUCAGAAUAUAUGUGCAUUUGGCUAGAGGAGAUACAGAGAAUAUCUUCCCCACUGCAAUCACUAAAGAUGGCCGUUCAUACAAUGAACAGUUGUUUAGUGCUGCAGCUGAUGUCCUUAGAAGAAUUGGUGAAGAUGGAAGGAUCAUACAGGAGUUUAUUGACCUUGGUGCUAAAGCCAAAGUUGCAGAGUCAGCCGCCAUGGACACUGAAGCUGCUCUUGGAGACAUUCCUGAGGAAUUCCUCGAUCCAAUUCAAUAUACUUUGAUGAGGGAUCCAGUUAUUCUGCCCUCGUCAAAGAUCACGGUCGAUUUGCCUGUCAUCCAGCGGCAUCUUCUGAGCCAUAGUUCGGACCCGUUCAACCGUUCUCAUCUAACUGCGGAUAUGUUGAUUCCAAACACCGAGCUUAAGGCCAAGAUUGAAGAAUACAUUCGGUCCCAUCAACCAAAACCGCAAUGAGAAGAUUUGGAAAUGCAGAGCACAAAAACAUCAAACCAGACGCCAGACAAAAACGGACACUUCAACCUUGAUUGAUCAGGUGAGGUAGAUUUAGACUGCCCUGAUAUCUAUCUGUAAAUUAUACCCCCCCCCCAAAGAACUUGUAUCAUUCGGAUUCUUCCCCUUGUGCAGCUUGCAUGCUGAAUGGUAAUUAAUAUAGCUUUCUUUAACUCUUCCUCUUAUGUAGUAGUAGUAGUCUUUCUUUCGAGUUCAUCGACGGUUAACUCGAGUUAAUUUAUCUGGGCUAUGAUGCAUUCCUGUUUUAUGUAAUAAAAGUCUCGUUUAGAUGCGUCAUUGGUGUGGGAAGAAAGUUGGGAACAAAUU